ACAGCAAGGUUGCGUCAACAUUGGCGGGGUGGUCAACAAUGUCGUGCCGACCGUUACUCCACGGUUUACCAGGCCGGCAAGGGGCAAUAUGUCGAGCAUGUCUCGGGACUAUGCCGUUGACGCUGCCCGGGAGCAGAGCACCCUAUUCCAAUCAUGCAGCUCAGGAGCCAGCGAUGAGAACAACUAGACGAACUCGAUUAGCAGAACGAAGAAGCAAGACAAUUAGACGAGUACCUCCUACCAUAUCAUCGGCUGCGGAUCCCGAGAGUCGACCCAACGAACAAGAGGCAGACGACAACUUCACGGUCCGAUACUUUGAGCGAACCGACCAAAACACGACGGAGCUUGAGCGCGAGAGUGAUUUUAAUACAUCUCUGGAUUCAUUUGGUCCUGGAGAUGUGAAGCCGUCACUAGACUAUCUAGAAGCAACGCUUCAAUCCCCAAAAGAGAAGGCCGCAUUUGGCAAUAUGAUCAAGCAAAUGGGCGGCCUUUGGAGUGGCGUCAAAAACCAAGGCGAUAUUGACAAUGUUUCAGCUCAAAUAGAAGCAAGGUCGAAACAAAUUGAUAAAGAAAUCGAAGAUGCGACUGAGGGUUUGCCAGAGGAUGUUGUGGACGCCGUGAGAGCUACGUUAAGAAAAAUACAGCUGGAUACUGACGGCGUGUCGGGCGGUGCUGUUGCUGGCCAAGUCUCAGACAUCCCAACGAAACCGUGGACGUUAAAUCAACGACGCAAGAUUUCGAAACUCAAUGCGGCUAUCAACCACGCGCAAUCCGAGAAACGGCGUACAUCGGUCUUCUCUCAAGCUAGCAUCUCCGCGGUCUACAGAGCGUAUCACGCAGGUCGUCUGGCACUCGCCCGAGGAUGGGUAAACGUACCUAUUGAUGUUUGGGACUUCUUGUGGUCAGUUUUCGCAACGGAAGAGUCUGUCAACCCGCACCGUUUAUCUCAUAUCUCCCUGCUUGCCAGGGACAUGAGUGACGCCAAUAUCACCCUCAGUCCGGCUCAGCAAAUCUUGACAAUUGAGGCCGUCUUUGUCGAGGGCUGGGAAUCAAGAGCUAUCGAAAACUGGCGGCGAAAUAUUCCCACGCUUGGUGAAGACAAGGCCGAGACUUUCCAAGAAUUUUGGGAGCUCGGUGUUCGAAUGCACUGCCGAAUGGGCAACUUGGAUCAAGCGCAACGAGCGGCUGAUAAACUGAUUGCCCGACGACUGGAUGCAAGAAUCUUGAUGCCUAUUAUCCGAUCCUGGUGUGAGAAGACGUUAGACGAUGCGCCUGCCCGUGGCUGGGAAAAGUAUCGACAAAUGAGAGGUCUUUUGGGCAAGUCAAUGAAACUCAAGGACUACGAUCAAGUCAUUGCAUAUUUCCUCACCAACGGGCAAGUCGAAAAUGCGCUAUAUGCCUUUGUGGAUAUGAUGAGCGACGGACAAAUCGAUCUAACCAAGCAGAAAUACAUGCCUUCGGUUGUCGCUAAUAAGUUCUUCCUCGGAAAGUGGUUAAAGCGGCUUAUUGGAGCCGGAGACUUGGACGGUGCGCACAAUGUAGUCGAAUUCAUGAUGUCGAAGGGCGUACAGGCCUCGCCUAUUCAGCUAAACGGCCUCAUCGGUGCUUGGCAGCGGUCUGGAAGCGCUGCCAAUAUGGAAAGAGCAGAGGCUCUCGGCUGGAACAUGAUUGAAUCACGAGUAGCCUUUGUUGCGGCUCGCAAGGCGAAAACUCUACAGUACAACAAGCCAGGUCGCAAUGAGCCUGCUGAGUAUCCGCGAGCUACACUGGAGACAUUUUGCAUCAUGGCCGACAACUUCCGAAAGCGAGACUUGCACAGCCGUCAAGAACAACUUUUCGAACUCUUUGGGGCGUCGGAAAUCAGCCCUGAUGCAUUCAUGAUGAAUCAGCUGCUGGAAAGCUACAUCCAAGCCGGUAAAUCCAGCGAGGCGUUGGACCUGUACAACACUUUGGUCGUAGAUCAAGGCGUGAAGCCAGACCCUCAUACAUUCACUGCGCUUUGGAAGUCGCUUCCUGUCAACAGGCUACACAUCAUUGCUCCAGAAGAAGUCGAGGAGCACAUUAUUGACACCCGAAAGCUCUUUGCCCAUAUGGUUGCUUCUCGCGAAGUCUUUGGUUCAGAGGCGAUGCAUGAGCAGCUCGCUCGAAAGAUCCUGCACUCAUUCCGCCGCCUCCAAGACUCCCCCGGUCUCACAAUUGCCUUAGCGACUUUGAAAGAGGUUUUUAAAUUCUAUCCCUCGGAUAUCCUCACCCUGGAGCUAGCAAUUGGUACGCACAAGCUCUCGAGCGACACGCCAGCGCUGCGCAAGGCCCUUAUGAUUGCGAAGCGCGAUAUGGACUUUUCCCUUCUCAAGUGGGCUGGUGACGAGCCAGAGAAGCUUAACGGGCCAGAGAGAGGCGAGGCACUGCACGCUUACCUGCUAAAGCUUUACGCCACCGAGAUUGGUAAUGACAAGGAGGCCAGAAGAAUGAUGCUUGGUGUGGCCAAGGACAUGGGGGUACUGGAACUGCUGCCAGCCAAGAAGGGUGGCAUUGUAUAAAUAUGGAGGGAUACGGGUUCCUUGUACCAUUAACUGUAAAAUCAAGCGAUCU